CUCUUCGUCGAUGGCGACGCAUCGAUAGCCAGGAUGAUGGCGGCGGAGGUAGUCUAGCCAUAUGGCAACCGGCUGGCGGCGCACGCGGAACUGGCGGGUGAAUUGCCAGCUAAGAUUUGCGUGGGACGACGUAUUCGCAGGACGUAGUAACACGGUGUUCAACUCCUGCGGCAAAAGCGGGAGCUGGUUGUACACUAAGCCAACCUCCCGGAGAAAGUGAAUUACGUGCCCUCGAUACUUGUACUGCUGCUCUCGCACAAGCAUAAUGUUCACGUGGACGUGAACACGAGCAAUCAAAGACUCUUCGGUUGGCGUAAGCUGGGGCAACCGGGCCGGUACAGGGCCAAAGUCGAGCUGAUUGUCCGCAGAGAAGAAAUAUAGCUCGUCGGGCUGGCGCUUCUCAUCCCUCCAAUAACAACGCGCACAAAUGCCAUUGCAAUCGAUCUUCAUCUGGAACCAACUCUCUUGGCAUCGACUGCAAAACUGCAUUUGGUCAUUGUCCAGCUCUGUCCAGAACUCGCGGAGGAUGGCCUUGUCGCGACCAGUCAAGGCGCAAGCUUCCAGAUCUCCAUUCCACACCGGGUCUUGUGCGUAGAAUACCGCCGACUCUUCAGGUGGAAUUCUCACCGAACUCCGAAUACGUCGUGAUGGCCUCAACGAUCGAGUUUGCCUUCGAGAUCGUCUCGGCCGCCCUCCUGUACCAGGAGCCGGACCACGGCGACCAGUCCUCGGCCGUGCAGAAGGCGGCCGCGAGCGAUGACGAACAGGGCUUUCAUCCACGGAGUCGUUACCGUCGCUCUCGUCUUCAUCCCCUGGGUCGGAGUCACACUCUACCCCUAUUUGCUCCAGGUACCUGCGUGGCCGAACGGGCGAAAGCAACAGGUUGAAAUAGUCCUCGGCGUCAAUAUCGGACUCCGAGAACUGGCCCCAGUCAUCUCCUUCCUUGAUUAUCCCAUCCCCACCCGGAAGCCC